AAGUGAAGAAUGAAACAAGCGUAUUUUAUUUACCUACGUCAAUUGUAAAAAUCUCAUAAAUCUGCUUAAUAUUUAUUUAGAAUUAGGAUAAAAUAAUUAUUGCAGUUUAAUAAGUUAAUUACUAUUCAAUAUGUCAAGCGGAAGUGGCACUAGCGGCGGUGGAGUUGUUAGAAACAGUGCGUUAUCGUUCGUUGCGCCUGCGCAUCCUGCUAACUCGCAGAGUUCACAGGGCUCUCAAGAGCAGAUGGAUAAUCAUCAAUCUGAACGUCUGAUGCCAGCUGGUUUAAAAGCAUUGUAUGAAGCAUGCUCCAAAAUAUACCCUGACCAGCCAAACCCACUGCAAGUUACCACUAGGCUUAAGUUUUGGCUAGGUGGUCAUGACCCUCUGGAUUACAUCAGCAUGUACUGGAACCCAGGCAGACCUGAUGAAAACAUACCUCCGCACUGGCAUUAUGUGAGUUUCGGAGUAUCAGACCUACACGGUGAUGGUAGGGUGCACCCCAUACCAGAGCCCGGUGACACGGUAUCAGGAUAUGGGCUGGAGUUAACCCUGCGAUUAGCAGCGGAUAGGGGGCAAACACCGCCAGUGUGGCCAGCUGCCUUGCUGCAAGCGCUGGCUAGAUAUAUUUUCGCUACUGGUAACAAGUUCUGCGCCGGUGACCACGUGUCGUGGCACACCGCGCUCGACGGCUCGGAGUCCCGCGUUCGACACCUGCUCGUGGCUGAGGAUCCGCAAUUGAAAACUGUGGACACACCCCACGGGAGGGUGACGUUUUUACAGAUGGUAGGUUGCACCACAAGGGAGCUCAGAGCGGCUCAAAGAGGUUCUGGGUUCGAAGUUUUGAAACUGAUAAGCGAAGAUCCUAGAUGUGGUGGACCCUGGCUGGUGACGAGGGUGUCCCGUAGAAGAUCAGCUCGACUCACCACCAGCAGGCGGCAGCUGGUGCACUUGGCUGGCGUGUCCGCGAGGGUCAACUGGCAGAAGUACGUUCCGAGCGAGGAAGAACAGUGUUCGCUUUCUCCGAGUGUGGAAAGGCAAAUAAAAGAGACCCUACAGAGAGGGCUGUCUUCUAUGACUGAUAGAGGAUCGGAAGGCCACAAUAUGUCUACGGACAGCUUCGAGAUGUCGAGCAUGGAGCGUGCUUUGCCGCAUUUAACUGAUAUGGUGCAAGGCUCGUGGAGAAGUUGUAGCGUGGAGUAUUUAGAAGGUGUCCAUCUGAUGUUGAACAGCGAAGGUGCUAGCCUUCUGCCCUUGGCCAUCGAUGGCCGCGUCCUACACUCGUCGCACUUCACGUGGCGGCAAGGCGGCCGGAGUGUGACCGUGCUCCCCCCCACUGUGGGGGGCGCGGUGGUUACUGACACCACGCCGUAUGCGGUCACCAAUAAUUGGUUACAGAUAUUAAUACCAAAAGAACUAGCGGAAGACAUGUCGAAGAAAGUGGCGCCGCUCGCGAAUUUAGCUGAAAUCGACUCUGAGACGGAUGAAGAAGGAAGCACGGGCACAACCACUGCACCUACAGUACCAUACACGAUCUCGUGGCCUAGUUAUAAGUUGAAAAUAUCCGUUCUGCCUGAUACUGAAUUUUUAUAAAAGUAACCAUUGACUAAAUUAUUAUUAUGAAGUGGCAACAUUCGUGUUUUUGUAUUUUUGUAAUGUGUUUGCACAAAAAUUACUGGACCCACAAAAAAA